GACGAGAAUUUGUGUUGAGCGUACAUUUCGGUGAUUUAGUGAAUUUCGCAGUUAAAAUUUUUGCUAAAUCUGUAAAUUUUUGGGAAGAGAUUCUUUACGUUUUCAAGAUUCUCUGGGGCGUUAAGCUCGAUCAUCGCCAGUGCUUACUUUGACAUUGACCUUGCGGGUGUCUCCAAGAUAAGGACAUCAACCGGCCGCAUUGACAGAGUAGAAAUUGAUGGACAAAAUCUUUAGCUCUUAAUAGCAAAAGUAAAGAACUUGGUGCCGUGGAGCUAAGUGAAAAGGAUUGCUGGCUUAUUGUUGUGUUGUGGACGCCAGCCGCCCGAUGUCUUCAAGUUCACCAACAGCUGAGCAAAACUCGCCUGCAGAGCCACCAGCAGCCAAAAAGCGCAAGCUGCUCGCGCCUACCGGUGGCGCUCCCAACGCAAACACCCCCACCACGAGCCCCACUAAUAGAAAUACUCAGGGCAAUAACAACACUGACAACGGCGACGAUAACCGCAUUUACGAAAGUGGUGUGGAAGGAAUCGAAGUUGACGUACCGAAGAAACCAACCGUGCCAUCCCAUUCGGUUUCGUUAAGUGACGCUAUAGCUGGCUCUGUCGGCAGUACUUGUGCUGGUGGGAAAAGUAGCACCGAUAGCGAUAGCACCAGUUCAUCGUCGGUAGUGAAGAAAGGAAGCGGUCAAAGCGGAGUUUUUGUUUCUGAUUCGGGUGAAUGCGCUGUGACGGAUGUAAGAUCUGAGGAAUCAAAUAAUUCAUUGGAGUUAAAAGAAAAAAUUUCGAAGGGAAAUAUUUUGGCAACAACUUCAGCGUCCGUUAGCGCCGUAAACGCCAACGUUAAUAACUCGAACUCAAACGGGACUAAAUCUAAUAUCGGAGUAGUGUACGGAAGAAAUAACCAAAUGGCUGGUGGUAAUCCGACAGGCGACCCUCGUUCGCGCGGUGCUUCUGACAUCGACGAGUCUUUAUACUCGCGCCAAUUGUAUGUACUUGGCCAUGAUGCAAUGCGUCGAAUGGCAAAUUCUGACAUAUUAUUGUCAGGUAUUGGCGGUCUCGGACUGGAGAUAGCUAAGAAUGUAAUUUUGGGAGGUGUGAAAUCGAUCACGCUGCAUGACAAGGCAAAUUGCACCAUUCGUGAUUUGGCUUCCCAAUUUUAUCUAACCGAGUCGGAUGUAGGUCGAAAUCGGGCACAAGCUUCAUGCAACCAAUUAGCUGAGCUUAACAGUUAUGUUCGCACUACAGCAUACACAGGAGAAUUGACUGAAGAAUUCAUGAAACAGUUUCGUGUUAUUGUAUUGACAGCAUCUGAUGACGCCGAACAGCGUCGCAUAGCAAAAUUUGCUCAUGAUAAUUCCAUUGCAUUGAUCAUAGCUGAGACUCAUGGACUCUUUGCUAAAAUCUUUUGUGACUUUGGAGAAAACUUCACUAUUUAUGAUCAGGAUGGUGCUCAGCCGAUUUCCACCAUGAUAGCUAGCAUUACACGUGAUUCUCAGGGAGUGAUAACUUGCUUGGAUGAAACCCGUCAUGGCUUAAAUGAUGGAGACUAUGUGACUUUCAGCGAAGUACAAGGAAUGACUGAGCUAAAUGGCUGUGAGCCGAUCAAAAUAAGCGUAUUAGGUCCGUACACAUUUAGCAUUGGUGACACCAGCCAAUUUGGUGAAUACAUUUCCGGUGGCAUAGCUACACAAGUAAAGAUGCCGAAAGUUGUGAAUUUCAAAUCGCUUCAGGAAUCUGAAAAAGAACCCGAAUUUUUAAUUUCUGACUUUGCUAAAUUUGACCAUCCAAUUUCGCUACACAUUGCGUUCGCAGCAUUACACAAAUAUGUCGAACAAGUCGGACAGCCACCACGUCCCUGGAAUGAGGAAGACGCUCAGAUUUUUUUGCAAAUGUGCAAGUCAGUAAAUGCCGAUAUCAAUGACAAUGUGGUGUUGUUGUUUGCGAAGACAUGUGCCGGAAACACUUGUCCUAUCGAUGCGGCAAUUGGCGGCUUCGUAGCACAAGAGGUCCUUAAAGCGUGCACGGGCAAGUUCACACCUAUCUACCAAUGGUUGUACUAUGAUGCUAUUGAGUGUAUUCCCACCGAGGGAGUUGAGGAGGCAGAUGCUCAACCGGUGGGCUCACGUUAUGAUGCACAGAUUGCUAUUUUCGGAAAGAAUUUCCAAGAGAAAUUGGGCGACGCCAGAUACUUCAUUGUCGGAGCUGGAGCCAUCGGCUGCGAAUUGCUUAAAAAUUUCGCAAUGAUUGGAGUUGGCUCAGGCCAAGGGGAAAUCGUUAUAACCGACAUGGAUUUGAUCGAAAAGUCGAAUUUAAAUCGCCAAUUCCUGUUUCGACCACAUGAUGUGCAGAAGCCAAAGGCAAAGACAGCUGCAAAUGCCAUUAAGAAAAUGAAUCCUAACAUUAAAGUCACUGCGUAUGAAUUGCGUGUUGGGCCCGAAACCGAAAAAGUUUUCUCAGAGGAGUUCUUUGGCAAAUUGGACGGCGUUGCUAACGCUUUAGACAACGUAGAUGCUCGCAUUUAUAUGGAUCGCAAAUGUGUAUUCAACCGUUUGCCAUUGGUGGAAUCGGGCACUUUGGGCACAAUGGGAAAUGUACAAGUGAUUGUACCAUUUUUAACUGAAUCUUAUAGUUCGUCACAAGAUCCCCCAGAAAAGAGUAUCCCUAUAUGUACGUUGAAAAAUUUCCCGAAUGCAAUUGAACAUACAUUGCAAUGGGCUCGUGACAUGUUUGAAGGUGUAUUUACGCAAUCGCCAGAGAAUGCUGCACAAUACCUAUCUGAUGCAAACUUCAUUGAACGCAUCAUAAAAUUGCAGGGUAUUCGACCUUUGGAGAUCUUGGAAUCAGUUAAGAAAGCUUUAGUCGACGAAAGGUCCAACAACUUUCUGGAUUGCGUCAAAUGGGCACGAAAUCAUUGGGAAGAGCACUAUGCUAAUCAAAUUAAACAAUUGCUGUUCAAUUUUCCACCAGAUCAAAUCACCUCAAGUGGACAACCAUUUUGGUCGGGCCCGAAGCGCUGUCCUCAACCCCUGGUAUUCGAUAUUAAUGAUGAUCUACAUUUCGAUUAUAUAUAUGCAGCCGCUAACCUACGUGCGGAGAUGUACGGGAUCGAACAAGUGCGUGAUAGGCAGCAAAUAGCACUUCUCGUUAACGAUAUUACGGUUCCGGAAUUCAAGCCACGAUCUGGCGUAAAAAUUGAGACCAACGAAAGUGCUGCCGCCGCUGCAGCCAACAAUUACGACAGUUCAGACGUAGAUCAAGACCGAGUAAACAAGAUUUUAACUGAGCUACAGGCACUUAGGGAAAGUAAAACUCCACUUGUUGUCAAACCAUUGGAAUUCGAAAAAGACGACGAUAAUAAUUUGCAUAUGGACUUUAUAGUUGCUGCAUCCAACCUGCGUGCCGCCAAUUACAAGAUUCCCCCAGCUGAUCGUCACAAGUCUAAACUGAUUGCUGGAAAAAUUAUUCCAGCUAUUGCCACAACUACAUCACUAGUGUCCGGCUUAGCUGUUCUAGAAGUCAUGAAAUUAAUUUUAGGACAUAAAGCUAUGGAUAAAUUUAAAAAUGCUUUUGCAAAUUUGGCUUUGCCAUUCAUUGCAUUCUCGGAGCCUAUGCCUGCCGCGAAGAAUUCAUACUAUGGCAAAGAAUGGACGCUGUGGGAUCGCUUUGAAGUUGCUGGAGAGCUAACACUGCAGGAAUUUCUUGACUACUUCGAUAAAAAGGAGAAGCUUCAGAUUACAAUGUUGUCGCAGGGCGUCUCAAUGCUUUACUCGUUCUUCAUGCCAAAAGCUAAAUGCGCGGAGCGUUUGCCUCUGCCCAUGACUGAAGUCGUGCGGCGUGUUUCAAGGAAACGUAUUGAUUCACACGAACGCUCUUUGGUAUUUGAGAUUUGCUGUAACGACGAAGAUGGGGAAGAUGUGGAAGUGCCGUAUGUGCGAUAUACUCUACCCUAAAAACGGUUAUUGGUGAUACAACAAAAGUACUGAGCGAGCAAAAAUCGCUGCCCUUUCAUUGUAAUACAUAUACAUCUUUGGUUUAUUAUUAAUUCAAAUAAUUAAAUACGAAUUAAUUUUAUAAUUAUAGGAAGGAGUUAUUUUAUGUGUCCCUCCAUUAUAAUUUUAAUACUUUUCCAUUACGAUAUGGUUCAAAAA